AUGGGCUUUGAUCUGGAGAGGUUUGUUGGAUAUGUGAAUGAAGGUCUUCUGUGCUGUGUGUGCCGAGACGUGCUGGAGCGCCCCCUCCAGGCGCCCUGUGAACACGCAUACUGCAGCGCCUGCAUCAGCAGCUGGCUGGUCCAUCACCACUCCUGUCCCGAGGACAGAUUGCCACUGGAUGUGGGCAGUCUCAAACCACUGUACAGGUACAUGCGUAAUGACCUGAACCGCCUGCAGAUCCGCUGUGUGAACGCAGGGCAGGGCUGUGAGGCAGUCUGCUCCCUGGAGACCCUGCACGCACAUGAGGAAGAGUGCGAGUUCGCCUUCAUUUCCUGUUCUAACACAGGUUGUCCUGUGCAGGUAGAGAGGCGGGGCUUGGAGGCUCACCUGUCAGAAUGUAACUUCCGCAGCAGGGAGUGUCCCAAUGGCUGCGGCCACACCCUUCUAUCAAUCGACCAAUCACAGCAUAACUGUGUGGCAGAGCUGCGCACGGAAGUGGAAUUGCUCAGGGCCGAGAUGCUGUGCAAGGUGGAGGAGGUGAGACGAGAGAUGGAGUCUCGGUUGGACUCCCAGAGGAGACACAUGGUGCAGAAAGAGUCACAACUGAAGAAUGACGUGGAGGAGCUUAAGGGUCAGCUGUCCCGUGUGAUGUGUGACAUGCGAGCCCUGUUAGGAGCAGAGCGUCUGAGAAGACAGGAGCUGGCAGAGGCAGAGCUGGAGAAGAGAGAGCUGUUGGAGCUCCUCAGAGACCUGCAGCCAAUCAGGAGUCAGAAUCCUGUGGAACAGGCGUCCAGAGAGGAGCAGACAUUCGGGUGGGAGCUUCAAACUGAGGCGAUAAGACACCAGCAGAGGGAGGUGUCUUUACAUGCCUCCAGUUUGUCACUUCAUUCAGCUCAGGCCAUAAAUAUAUCUGGGCCUCCUCCAUCACCUCAGCUGGGAGAGGGGACACGCAAGGGGGGCACCAGGAGCCUGACUCUGGACUGCAUCAAGAGGAAGAGCCGCGAGGUGACGGUCAUCUGACCAAACCAGAAGAGAUUAAAUCUUUAUUUUUCUAAUAUUUGGCUAAUCGUUUAGUAAUCAAAAUAUAGCAUGUGUACAGUACGUUCUGUAGUUACUCUAAUGAAGUUUGAGAUUUAAAAAAAAAAAAUCUGAGAAGCUGAAAAAUAGUCUGUGUGGAAUGAAACAUAUGUUGUUUGAAAGUGAACUUUUACUUUGUUGAAAGUGAUUCGACAUAAAUUCAUUUUGUAGACUCACUACUAAUCCGAUCUGCAAACAGAUUUUUAUGUCAUGUCUCAUGGAUUUUGGAUCCCUCAGGCUUUAAUUAAAAGUUACUUCAAGUAAUUUUCUUGAUCUCAGCAUCAAUUUAUUCCCAGUUUCCUCAUUAGUGAUGCAUCUGAUUCAGAAUUUUCAGAUUUUUUUCCCCUGCAUGAACUGCAUUUCUUUUAAAAGGUAUACUUAUGCAGGAUUCACAUAAAAACAAUAUAUAGACUGAUACAAAAGUAAUUCCUCUCAAUCAUCAUUUAUAAAAAGUUGUGUGGCUAUGUCUGUAUCUGCAGAAACCCUGCCCUCUUCCUAUAUUUUCUCUUUUUUAAAUUUUGCUGCGUUAAGGGAAUUUCUUGGUGUCACCCUUUGGGCACGAAGUCAUGAAAAUGGACAGUGUAGAAUAAUGCAAAUAUAACUAAUUUUAUGUCUUAAAGCAUCAGUCUUCUAA